AUGGCAGACCGCGCAGACUCUCUCAAGUCGGAGCUCACCACGGUGGAGAAGCAGCCCGUCGGCGACGAGAAGACGACGGAGGUGGGCAGGAAGAAGGGCUUUUUCGGACGAAUUCUGCAGAGCAAGCCUCCGCCGCCUCCGACUGGAGACAUUGAAAAUGCGGCUCCCAUUCCUGAGAUGACAGCGUCCUGGCUGUCCCUCCUGUUCUUCCAAUGGAUUACACCGAUCAUGUCCCUUGGCUACGCGCGUCCGCUAGAGCCCUCGGAUCUCUGGAAACUUCAGGACCACCGCAUGUCUGAGCAUACAGCCUCUCGUAUCGUCGACGCUUUUGAGCGACGACGCGUGAAGGCCGAGGAGUACAACAGGCGUCUCGCCGCGGGGGAGAUCAAGCCCCCGCUGCGCAAGCGCUUACUAUGGACCCUCCGUGGACACAGGGAGGAGCAGGAACGCAAGUGGAGGGAGGUCGACGGCAAGCGCACCCCCAGCCUCGCCAUGGCUCUCAGCGACUCGAUUUUCUGGUGGUUCUGGCUCGGCGGCAUCCUCAAGGUCAUCGGCGACACGGCCCAGGUGACCAGUCCCCUCCUCGUCAAGGCGAUCAUCAAGUUCGGCACGGAGUCGUACGCGGCGCACAUGCAAGGGGACAACAGCCUCGCUCCGCCGAUCGGCAAGGGCGUCGGGCUUGCGGUCGGACUGUUCCUUCUGCAAGUUGUGGCGUCGCUCUGCACCCAUCAUUUCUUCUACCGGGCCGCAUCAUCCGGCGUGCUGCUACGCGGUGGUCUCAUCACGGCGAUCUACUCGCGCUCGCUCAAGCUCACGAACAAGGCCCGGAGUACGCUCACGAAUGGGAAGCUCGUCAACCACAUCUCGACCGAUGUGUCGCGCAUCGACUUCUGCUGUGGUUUCUUCCAUAUGUCCUGGACCGCGCCAAUCCAGCUCGCCAUCUGUCUAGCGCUCCUCAUCAUCAACCUGGGACCGAGCGCCCUCGCCGGCUUCGCUCUCUUCUUCAUCGCCUCGCCCCUCCAAACCCAGACCAUGAAAGCGCUUUUCAAGCUUCGCAAGAAGAGCAUGGGCUGGACGGACAAGCGCGCAAAGCUUCUGCAGGAACUCCUUGGCGGUAUCAAGGUCAUCAAGGUGUUUAACUGGGAGGUGCCGUUCCUCCGCCGGAUCGAGGAGUACCGCAAGCGCGAGAUGGGGUACAUCCGCUCGCUGUUGAUCGCGCGGUCGGCCAACAAUGCGGCGGCGAUGUCGUUGCCGAUUUUGGCUUCGGUUCUGGCAUUUGUGACGUAUGGCCUCACGGGUCACGCGAUGAACGCUGCGAAUAUCUUCUCCUCGCUGACCCUCUUCCAACUUCUUCGGAUGCCGCUCAUGAUGCUGCCCAUGUCCCUCAGCACUAUCGCCGACGCCACGAACGCCGUCAACCGGCUCACCGAUGUCUUCACCGCGGAGACCUUCGGCGAGACGCAGAUCCACGACCACCAUAUCGAGGAGGCACUCGUAGCGGAGAAGGCGAGCUUCUCAUGGGACAGCCCGCCGCAGGAGGAAGAGCAGGCGAAGGGGAAGAAGGCGCGGAAGGCGGAUGCGAAGGAGGCGAAGAAAACCUCGCCAGCGGACUUGAAGAAGGCGGCCGAGGCAGCGGCGGACGAGAAGGCGAAGACUGACAAGGAGAAGGAGGAGCAGGUGUUCCAGGUGAAGGAUAUCAACAUGUCGAUUCCGAGAGGGCAACUUGUGGCCAUCGUGGGCUUGACGGGGUCGGGGAAGACGUCCCUCAUCCAAGGUCUGGUAGGCGAGAUGCGCAAGACGGAGGGCACUGUCAUCUGGGGUGGAUCAAUCAGCUACUGCCCGCAAAGUGCGUGGAUUCAGAACGCCACGAUCAGGGAGAACAUCUGCUUUGGCCAACCGUUCGAGGAGAAGAAGUACUGGGCUGCGGUCCGCGACGCUUGUUUGGAGCCUGAUCUCGAUAUGCUUCCGAACGGCGACAUGACGGAAGUCGGCGAGAAGGGCAUCUCCCUCUCCGGUGGUCAGAAGCAGCGCUUGAACAUCUGCCGUGCGAUCUACGCCGAUGCUGACAUCACCAUCUUCGACGAUCCCUUCUCCGCCCUCGACGCUCACGUCGGCAAGGCCGUCUUCCAAAAUGUCCUCAUGAACGGCCGCCUCGGCAAGACGCGCAUCCUCGUCACGCACGCCCUUCACUUCCUUCCGCAGGUCGACUACAUCUACACGGUCGCGAACGGGCGCAUCGUCGAGCGCGGUACCUACCCCGAGCUCAUGGCCAAUAACGGUGACUUCUCGCGGUUCGUCAAUGAGUUCGGGACGCAGGCGGAGGAGAAGGAGAAAGAAGAAGAGGAGGGGAUCGAGGAGGGCGCGGAGGGGGCAGUGAAGGGCAAGCCAGCGGAGGCGGCGGUGGUGAAGAUACCGAAGAAGAAUGUAGCGGGGCCGGGGAUCAUGCAGGAGGAGGAGAGGCGAACGGGCGCGGUGUCGGCGGGGAUCUAUGCGGAGUAUGCGAAGGCGGCGCAUGGGUACAUCGUGAUCCCGUUGCUUUUAGCGUCGUUGGUGCUCCUCCAGGGCGCCACGGUCAUCGGCUCUUACUGGCUUGUGUGGUGGCAACAGGAUACCUUCAAGCAGGGCGCAGGGUUCUACAUGGGCAUCUACGCUGGCCUUGGUGUCGGGCAGGCCAUUGCCAUGUUCUUCAUGGGCUGCUGCUUCGCCAUGCUCACCUACUUCUCCUCGCAACGCCUUCACAAAUGGUCCAUCCAGUCCGUCCUUCACGCGCCUAUGUCGUUCUUCGAGACUACACCACUUGGCCGCAUCAUGAACCGCUUCUCCAAGGACAUUGACACGAUCGACAAUACCCUCGGCGAGUCCAUUCGUAUGUUCGCGAACACGUUCUCCAGCAUCCUGGGCGCGAUCAUACUGAUUGCGAUUGUACUGCCGUGGUUCUUGAUUGCGGUUGGGGUCAUCCUGAUCAUCUAUUUGUACGCGGCGACGUACUACAGGGCGAGUGCGCGGGAGUUGAAGCGCCUGGACAAUGUCUUGCGGUCUUCCGUGUAUGCCCACUUCUCGGAAAGUUUGUCCGGUCUGGCGACCAUCCGCGCCUAUGGCGAGGCCGAGCGAUUCAAGGAGGACAACGAGAAGCGCGUGAACAUUGAGAACAGGGCGUACUGGCUUACUGUCACGAACCAGCGUUGGCUCGGUAUCCGUCUUGAUGCUAUGGGUGCGACGUUGACUUUUGUCGUCGCGAUGCUUGCCGUUGGGACUCGCUUCUCGAUAUCGCCUUCGCAGACCGGUGUUGUGCUCUCGUACAUCCUCAGCGUCCAGCAAGCGUUCGGAUGGCUUGUCCGUCAAUGGGCUGAAGCGGAGAACGACAUGAGCUCGGUAGAGCGUCUUGUGCACUAUGCGCGCGAGAUCGAGCAGGAGCCAGCACACUACAUCCCAGAGAGCAAGCCGCCCGCGCCGUGGCCGUCGAAGGGCGAGAUCGAGAUGAAGGACAUCGUCAUGAAGUAUCGCCCGGAGCUGCCUGCGGUGGUGAAGGGUGUGUCGAUGAAGAUCGCGUCCGGCGAAAAGAUUGGCAUUGUCGGCCGUACGGGUGCUGGAAAGUCGUCGAUCAUGACGGCCCUCUUCCGUCUGGUGGAGCUCACCUCUGGGUCCAUUGUCAUCGACGGCGUCGAUAUCUCCACUGUUGGCUUGGCCGACCUUCGUAGUGGGCUCUCCAUCAUCCCGCAGGACCCAUUGCUAUUCUCCGGAACCCUUCGCUCGAACCUGGAUCCCUUCGGCCAACACGACGAUGCUAGAUUAUGGGAUGCGCUCAAGCGAUCGUAUCUGGUUGAGUCCGAGAAGGCUGUUCAUGAGGAUGAUGGCCCUGAGGGCGCUCGUACACCAGUCAACCGGUUUUCAUUGGACUCUAUCGUUGAGGAUGAGGGGAACAACCUAUCCAUUGGACAGCGGUCACUGGUUUCAUUGGCUCGUGCGCUCGUGAAGGACACUAAUAUCCUCAUCCUCGAUGAAGCUACAGCGUCCGUCGACUACGAGACAGAUAGGAAUAUCCAGGAUACCAUCGCACGCGAGUUCAGGGACCGCACCAUCCUCUGCAUUGCUCAUCGUCUGCGCACUAUCAUUGGGUAUGACCGCAUAUGCGUCCUCGAUGCUGGUCAGAUAGCGGAGUUCAACAGCCCCGCCGCUCUGUUCGAGAAGUCGGAUGGCAUCUUCAGGAGCAUGUGCGAGCGCUCGAGUAUCACCCUCGAGGACAUCAAAAUGGCCGCGAAGAGUCGAAUAAACGACGAAGAUUUAUGAAUACUACGCCAUUGCUACGACUGAAAGAUCAUAGAGGAUAUUGAUCCACGGCUGUAUCAUCAUUUCUCGGGCUGUAUACACGGGAGGGAUUUAAGGCAUC